ACACGAGCAUAUUGAGUUUCGGUUUCCAUGAAUACCAACCAGGACUCUUUCAGCAAUUGUAACCCUAAGUUUUUUCACGAGCUAAAGCCUACCAAUCACUUUGUAAACGCUUUGUUGACGGAUCUUUAUCAGUUAACGAUGGCUUAUUGUUACUGGAAACAAGGCCGACAUGAAGACCAGGCCGUGUUUGACUUGUUUUUCAGAAAAUGCCCGUUCGAUGGAGAGUUUGCGGCAAGUCUCGAGGAAUGCGUUCGUUUCUUAGCAACCUUUCAAUUUACUGAAAGUGAUAUUCAGUUUCUUAAAAACGUUAUACAGGCAGAAGAAGAGUUCUUUGAUUGGCUUAGAAAUCUAGAUGUUUCUCAAGUUGUAGUCUAUGGAGUUGUGGAAGGCAGUGUUGUCUUUCCUUUGGUGCCCCUACUUCGCGUGGAAGGACCACUCGCCGUUUGUCAACUUUUGGAAACAACACUAUUGAACCUCAUCAAUUAUGCUUCCCUAGUUGCCACGAAUGCUGCUCGUUUUCGACUAGCAGUAGGUGAGAAAUCCCUUUUGGAGUUUGGUUUGCGUCGUGCACAAGGUGCAGAUGGGGGAAUGUCAGCUUCUCGAUAUACUUAUUUGGGUGGUUUUGAUGCAACGAGCAAUGUUCUCGCUAGUAAACUCUUUGCAAUUCCAUGUAGUGGUACCCAUGCCCAUUCAUUCGUACAAACCUUCUCUGAUUGUAGCCAACUCAUUACUACGAAGCUGUUAGAUUCCAAUCGAAACGAAAGAGAAUUUGUUCAGUUAGUAUUAGAAACUCGAGAAAAGCUAGGCUACUCUACCAACCAAGGAGAGUUGGCAGCUUUUAUAUCUUAUGCUCAAUGUUUCCCUGAUAAGUUUUUGGUGCUCGUGGAUACAUAUGAUACUUUGGGUUCUGGAGUUCCCAAUUUUAUUUGUGUUGCAUUAUGUCUUCUGGAAUUUGGUUAUAAGCCUUUGGGAAUUCGUUUGGAUUCUGGCGAUCUUUCGUAUCUAUCCAAAGCGGCUAGGAAAGAAAUUUCAAGAAUAUCAAGGCUUACGGGGAAAAGCGAGUUGAAUCAGGUCAAAAUUGCUGCUAGCAACGAUCUUAACGAGGCAACGUUAUUGUCAUUGCAACAACAGGGGCAUGAGAUUGAUAUUUUUGGUAUCGGUACUCAUUUGGUAACUUGUCAACAACAGCCAGCGUUAGGCUGUGUGUAUAAAUUGGUUGAAAUCAAUCGACAACCCCGUAUCAAAGUAUCAGAAGAUAUUUCGAAGCUUACUAUUCCUUGUUCCAAAAAUGCUUAUCGUUUAUAUGGCAAGGAGGGAUAUCCACUAGUUGAUUUGCUGACACUUGAAACGGAAGAAGCACCGAAGGUGGGAGAUAAGAUACUUUGUAGACAUCCUUAUGUGGAAAGGAAACGUUGUCUUAUAGUCCCUACACGUAUUGAGCCUUUAUUGAAAAUGAUUUGGAAUGGGAAGCCCGUUGAGCCUUGUUUGUAUCCUCUUUCACAACUACGAGAAUUUUGCAAACAAGAAAUGAGUUGUCUUCGAGAAGAUCAUCGUCGAUUUCUGAAUCCUACUCCAUACAAAGUAUCGGUUUCUCAGACGUUGUUUGAUUUCAUUCAUCGCUUAUGGUUGGAAGAAACUCCCAUUCCAGAAUUGAUAUGAUUUCUUGUAAAGGAUGAGGUAAAGAGAAUCCACUCUGUGGAUCUUAUAUAGUAUGAAACAAGACUUUGCAGUUUUCUAAAUGAAGAGACCAAAAAGUGAAGUUAAUUGUGUGACGUGGUCAUUCAUUGAGAGCUGUUCAAGAAUACUUUUCAGUUGGACAGUUGUCUACAUGUAGGAAGAAAAAGAUAAAAUGGCGGAAGGGAAA